AAAGGAGCAACAAAACCUGCAUAUAAAACGACGUCUUGCUCUACUUCAAGCUGUUUUCCUCUUCCUCCUCCCACCAGCCAAAUCCACUCUUUCCAGUCAAUCUUUUGCAAGGCCAGCUUUCAGCGACCAUCCACUCUUUUCCACAACUCUCAGUCACUCCUUUAAUUCCUAAUUCUUAAUCAAAACCAACCGUCACCAUGAAGUUCACUGGAAUCGUCGCUUCCCUGGCUGUUGCCAGCUCUGCCUCUGCUCUGGCCAUCCCUCAGACCCCUGUUGAUGCCACCCUGAGCAAGCUGAACAAUGCUCUCAACAAUGUUGAGGGUCUCGUCGGUGGUCUCCUCAGCGGCGUUUGCGAGGAGGUCGACCUCACCCAGGUUCAGACCGAACUCAUCACCAUCAAGGGCCAGCUGACCAAGCUUGUCCCUGUCUCUGUUGCCACCAAGCGUGAUGUCAUGGGCACUGCUAACAAUGUUGCUACGCCCGUCACCGGUGCCGCCGGUAGCGAAGUCGGCAAUGUUGAGGGUGCUGUUAAGCCAGUCACCAAUGUCGCUGGCGGUGCAGUCAACACCGUUGAGGGUGUUGCUAAGCCCGUCACCGAUGUCGCCGGUGGCGCUGUUGGCACCGUCAAGAAGACUGCUGGCGGCGCUGUUGGCACCGUUGAGAACAUUGCCUCUGGUGCCGUCGACACUGUUACUGGCACUGCCGGCGUCAACACCCUUGCGGAAAACCUGGUCAGCAAGGUUAAGAGCGGUGCCCUCGACGCUGCUGGUGUCAAGAACGUCCUCACCACUGUCGGCCAGGCUGGUGGUCUCAACCCUACUUCUCUCACCUACGUCCUCGCGGGACUCCUUUAAAUCCAAUACCCACCUUUGUGAACGCAUUAUGUACAUCGAGAAACCCCGGGAUACCAUGAUCAUGUGGGUGUAUAGCGCGACUCUUUAACUUCACGCCUUCGGUUCGUUUUGAUCUGCCAAACGGCGCUGGAUCUUGUGGAUAAGCUUCAUGUAUAGUACCUUAUCAACUUCAUACCUUUAUGUCCAA